AAAUGAAUAGGCCAAUACCGUCUGAAGAGUCUGAAAAGCCCUUGAAAGAUGAACACGACAAUAUUCAAAUGAAAAUAUCAUGGAAGGAUCUCCACUAUACUGUCAAGGCGACGUAUAAUAAAGCCCAAAUAGAAGAUCUCGACAUUAAAGAGAAGCAUUAUAAUAAAGAAAUUCUCAAACCACAAAGUGGUUAUGUAAAAUCUGGGGAAACAUGUUUUAUCAUGGGUUCCUCCGGAGCUGGUAAGACCACUCUACUUAAUGUACUCUGUGACAGAAUCACUCGGAACAACAAGUGUAAGCUUGAAGGAGAAAUAUUGCUUAACGAUACGUACCCAGUGACACAAAAAGACUUUGGAAAGUACGGAGCCUAUGUAAUGCAAGACGAUGUGCUCUUCCCUACACUAACUUGAGAAGAAGUGAUUACCUUCUCAGCAAGGCUCAAGCUCAACAUCACUGGUCAGGAGCUUAGAAGGAGAGUUGAUCGGAUCAUUGACAGCCUUGGCCUUUUGAAGUGUAGAAAGACCAAGAUCGGAAGUCAACAGCUUAAAGGACUUAGUGGAGGUGAAAGAAAGAGAACUGCUAUCGGAGUUGAAAUGAUCACUAACCCUAGAGUCCUAUUUCUAGAUGAACCAACUUCUGGAUUGGAUAGCUUCACAGCUAAUAAGAUUGUGAGGCUUUUAGUAAAUCAAUCUCGUCAAGGGAGGACUGUUAUUGCGACAAUUCAUCAGCCAAGUUCAAGUACUUUUGCAUUGUUUGAUAGAUUAAUAUUGCUGAUGGAUGGACACUUGAUCUAUCAAGGUAAAGCUGAUCAGGCUGUCAAUUACUUCCAAGGACUAGGCUUCAAGAUUCCAACAUAUGCAAACCCAGCAGACUUCUUUCUUCAGGAGUUCUAUGUUCCUUUUUAUAAAAAGAAAGAAGACCUAGAGAAGUUAGAGUUACUAAUCCGAGGAUAUCAGCAAAACAUGAAGGUUGCAGUAGAAAAUGAAGACGCCAACAUAAAUAACUUAGAAGAAAUAACUUCAGAGAAACUUGCUGAUACCACCAACCAUGCAGGACCCUGAAUAGAAUUUAUAGAGAUUGUUAAAAGAACGGUCAAAAAUAUUGCUAGAAAUCCCAUAAUCAUCAAAAUAAGAACCAUGCAAACUUUGGUAGUAUCCAUCCUGUGUUGACUAAUCUUUUGGGAUUUGACAGAAGAUAGGCAAGGUGCUAACGGAAAAGCAGGAUUCUGCUUCUUUAUUGGAAUCAACCAAACAAUGACAGCACUUAUGGGAGUACUCUUAAUCUUUAUCCUCGAGCGCCCAGUCUUUUUACGUGAAUAUGCGAAUAAAACAUACGGUAUGACUCCUUACUUUAUUGCGAAGUCAAUAGUAGAAGCUCCAUUUCAGCUAAUAUUUCCCUUCUUAACUUCUCUGAUUACCUAUUUCCCAAUAGGAUUUACAGCGGAGUUUGAUAAGUUCUUGAUCUUCACACUUGUCCUCAUGGUUCUCGUCUUUUGCUCAACUUCAGUCGGAUUCUUUGUUGGAUGCCUCUUUGAUAAUGCUUCAAAGGCAACCCCUGCUUCAAUGAUGAUAAUGCUGCCUUAUAUUAUCUUUGGAGGUUAUUUUGUUAACCUCAAAGAUGUGUAUGUGUGGCUCAGAUGGAUACAGUACAUUUCUCCACUAAGAUACUCGACAGAAGCGUUGCUGAGAAACGAAUUUGAAGAUAACUCAGAUUACUCAGCUGAAUUUCAGAAAAUCUAUGAGAGAUAUGACUACAAUUUCGGCCUAUGGCCAUGCAUUGGAAUGCUAUUUCUUCUCUCUUUUGUUUUCAGAAUUGGGGCUCUCAUAGCACUCAAGUUAACAGUUGCAAAAGUGCAGUAGUGUCAUCAUUAAAUUUGAAAUUUGGAUUUAUUAAGGUAUUUGAUCAACUAUUCUUACUCAAUUUUCCUCAUUUAACCUCUUUUACAAGUUAGAUCCUUCAUUGUUAGCAUUGUUAUUCUCUCUGGUAGCUAUACUAAUUUUCAAAUUGUAAGCCAGUCGUUCAAAGUUAACAUUUUUGAAUCACGUAACACUUCAAAAUCCAUAAGA